CAUCGACCGUUAUGACAACAAAAUUAAUUAAAAAUUGUUACGGUUGUUUAUUUAUUUGUUUUAAAUUGUUAAUUACUUGUUACAACCCUUUUAUUAUUUUAAAUUUGAGUCAACUAGUUAAUCUUCAAUGAAAUUAAAUACUGGCAAUCAAGUAAAUUGCAUCCCGGUGAAAGUAAUCAUUUUAAAUUUCAUUCAGUUAUGAUUAUUGAAAAGAUUAAUAAUCCAACAUUAGCUACACUGUUAAGUGUACAAUGUACAUUUAACAGUGUAAAUUGUUUACAAUUAACUGUAUUAGUGAUAAAAUAAUCAGCAAAAACCAUCAUCAAAACCAACAAAAAGUCAACAUCGACAAGAAACAAACAAAACACCAUCACCAUCCUCUCAACUCUAACAACCACCAAAAAGGAAACGCAACGAAAAUCAACAAUGUUUCAUGUCAAACCUGUUGAUAUAACCCGAAUGCCCUAGCGGCCUCGUGGUACAUUUUCAAUGCCUUUUUAUUAUUAUUUUCAACUAUUAACCUUGACGUUUUCUCUUUCUCCUCUUUCUCUUUCAUCAUCAUCUCUCUCCUCACAUUUUAAUCUCCUAAUCUGCAAUAAUAACCAACUAACCAACUCUCUUGGAACUCAGACAUAACUUAACUCUCACUUUGAACUUGUUGUUGGUGAAAAAAAAAAUAACAAAAUAACAAACUUCUAAUGGUGUAACCAGAGAAAAGGACAAACAAAUUAAAUAAUAUAUAAGACGAAGGCGAAAUCGAAUCAAGAUCAACAAAUUUUCAAGAACAAGGUGAAGGUGAAAAGGAAAAAUACCAUCAAGGAAUUGAGAGAACGAACGAAAAAUAAACAAUCUCUGACAUUGAUUAACUUCUCUGGAGAAAAUUAUCAACAAUCAUCACCAUCAUCAUCAUCAUCAUCGCCGUCAUUUCAUCAAUAUCACCAGUGGAAAACCAGACAAUCACCCAAAUAUCAUAAACAUUAUCUAAUCUCUCCCACUCUCUCACCCUCACCCUCACUCUUACUCUCUCUCUCUCCUCUCCUAAUGCUCUCAUAUUUUUACUCACUUGCCUCUUGAAAUCUCACGAAACUUUGAACACACCACGAAUCAAUGUCAUCAACAUUAAUCUUCAAUAUCAGCUCACGAGGACGCCGAUAACUACACCAUGAUAAACAAUGAAAUUGAAACCGUGAAUCGUGAUAAACCAUUUCAAUGUCCAAUUUGUCAUAAAUCUUUUGGUUAUAAACAUGUUUUACAGAAUCAUGAGCGUACCCAUACGGGAGAGAAGCCGUUCCAAUGUCGACAGUGUCAGAAAAAGUUCACUCGAGAUCAUCACCUUAAAACCCAUAUGAGACUUCAUACCGGUGAAAAACCUUAUCAAUGUGAACACUGUGAGAAACUUUUCGUUCAAGUUGCCAAUUUACGUCGACACCUUCGUACCCAUACAGGUGAACGGCCUUAUGCUUGUGAUUUCGCUGAAUGUCAUUCAAAGUUUUCAGACUCAAAUCAAUUGAAAGCUCAUAGACUGAUACACAAAGGUGAGAAACCCUUUGGCUGUGAUAAGUGCCUUGGAAAAUUUCGCCGUCGACAUCAUCUUAACUUUCAUAAAUGUCCUGCAGAUGAAGCCAACAUCGGUAAACCUCGUCGUGGACGCCGACCGAAAGCAUAUGAAAAACUUGGUACCAGUAGUACUUUAGCUAUUGUAGGAGGAGGUGGUGGUUCAGUUAGUGGAGUAGGAGUUGUUGUCGGUGGUACUGGUAUUGUUCCCGUUGGUUCAAGUAUUGUUGGUGCGAGUGGUUCAUCGCCCUCAUCACCAUCACCAUCAACGGUACACCAUUUACUACGAGUUAAAAGUCCAAUUUCAAUGGUUCAACCAACAGCUAAUAUUAAUAUUACUAUAAAUAAUAGUAAUGCCAAUAGUAAUAUUGUUAAUAACAAUUCAAAUAGUAAUAGACCAGGUUCAGUUCAUUCAAUAUCGGGAUCAUUAACGGGAGAUGAGACAACUUCAACCCAUGGGUCAGCUCAUUCACCUGCAACCGCAACUGUAUCUUCAUCAACCGUUUCAUCCAUAUCAUCAUCAUCAUCAUCUUUUCCUUUGUUUUCUCAUCUUCUUACCGGUGGACCAAGUGGUCAUCAUCUUCACCACCAUCACCAACAACAACAACAACAACAACAUGUUCACCAUUCUCACCAUCAUCAUCCUCAUCAUCAUCACCUUUCCUCCUUAUUACCAAAUAAUAGUUCUCGUAGUAGUAGUAAUCAUAAUAACUCUUUACCUCCAGCAGCACAUUCAGGAUCUAAAUUACCUCGAGCUGAAUUAAUUGCAACAAGUCAACCUCAACAUCUUAAACAAAAACAAAGCUCAUCAUUAACUCAACACCAUAAUAGCGAUGCCUCAUCAAAAUCACGUCGAAAACCAACUCAUCCUCUUAAGAUAAUGUCCAAAAAGGAAGAUGAUAGUUUCUACAAUUUCUCAUCGAAUGUACUUCAAAUUCAACCUUUGAACAUGUCACAACGGUCACCACCAUCAUACCCCAUGAAUCUGUCAGGACAACUGAAUAACAAUAACAACAACAACAAUAAUAACAAUAAUAAUAAUUGCAACAGUAAAAACAAUAACAAUAACAAUAAUAAUAAUAAUAACAAGAAUUAUAUCAAUCAGGAAUCAUCGAGUUGCAUGGACAAUGAUGAAGAGGACGAGGAUGACACCGAAGAUGUUCUUGACCUUUCCUCCCGUUCUCGCGGGGAAAUUGACCUGGAAACAAAUGAUGUCGACGAUAGAGAUGCUCUUGUUAAUCAUAAUCUACACCUAAAUCAUCAUAAUAAUAACAACAACAAUAAUAAUAAUAAUAAUAACAAUCAUCUUCCCGCUCAUCAAACUAAUCAUUUACCAAUUCAUCAGCAGCAUCAUCAUCACCGUCACCUUGUUCAUGAUGAUAUUGAUCUUGCUAAAUUGAAAAUUAAUCACUCACGUGUGAUAAUAUCUGGUUAAUUAUCUUUAAAUAAUUUGGUGAAGAAACAAAAAAUCCUUAAUAUUGAGGAUCAUCAAAUUAUAAUUGUUUUAAUUGUUGUUUUGCUGCUGUUGUUUUGGGAUUUGUUUGUAACGCUGAUGAUGAUAAUCAAUAUCCAACAAUUAUCAUGGAGUUUAUUAUUAUUAUUAUUAUUACUUUUACCAUCGGAAUCGGAAUCGGAAUCGGAAUCACGAAUCCAUCAGCUCGGAAUAAUCAACACAUACAACACACACACAUUGGAAUCUGUUUCUACCUCAUAUAAAUAUAUAUAAAUAUAAAUAGAAAUUUACAAACAAUUUAAUUUGAUUACAAUGAUCAAAAAAAAAAUACUAAACACAACAAAUGACCAACAAUCAACAACGAUACAAUUGAAUCUACCUCAACAAGAAUCAACUACCUCAUGUUGGAUCCAAUUGGUACCUUUGAAUGUCAAUAUAAUUUAUAUAUUUUGUUAAUUCAUGCAAUUGAUUUUCACGUAAUUAAAUCAAUGAAACGGGUAAAUGAUUAACAAAA